CAUCCACUCUAGCUCCCGACGUAAACAACAACACGGACCCAGCUCUCCGGUCUUUUGUCAAUUGCGAUCACCUAGCUUCAGUUUCCGCUACCUCCACUUCACUACAUUCAAACGACUUAUCGAUAAACAACGGCCUCAAGCUUCGCCAUCCGAGUGCGUCACUAGCGAACCAACCACCUAUCAAUACAUUCACCAUCAUCGAUAAACAACAAUGCCACCAAAGAAGGGAGGAGUCACAAAGUCAAAGGCGGUGUCUAAGAAAGCCGCGGCGGUGCCGACGCCCAAGGCCACUCCCCCGGGAAGAAGGAAGUCGCGCGCCAGCAGUGUUCAGCCCGGCGACCCCGUCCCCCAGGGCAAGAAGAGGCGUUACAGACCCGGCACGCUUGCGCUCAAGGAGAUCCGCAACUACCAAAGGACGACAGAUCUCUUGGUUGCCAAGCUUCCCUUUGCGCGAUUGGUCCGCGAAAUAGCCAUGCAAUUCCGCCCCAUGGACGAGGAAAUGCGCUGGCAGUCGCAAGCUAUCCUGGCCCUGCAAGAGGCCGCCGAGGCCUUUCUUGUCCACCUGUUCGAGGACACCAACCUGUGCGCCAUCCACGCCAAGCGCGUCACCAUCAUGCAGAAGGACAUCCAGCUGGCUCGCCGGAUACGCGGCGUGUGGGGAGGUGCUGGGUGGGUAUGAGUGUGAUUAGCGCAUGGCGGUGCGGCUGAUGCAGCAACAGCAGCGGUAGCGUAAGCGGAAGCG